AUGAAUUGCCAACAUAAAUACACUAUUGUGAGCUAUAGUACUUACUAUAAUAUUGAUGCAUCUUCUUGUUGCACUGUAAUGUUCCAGGGUACUAUGAUACAUGGCAAGGUAAUGAAGCAUAUGGUUAACAAGUUCAGACCAUUGAUCCAAGAAGGUUUAGUCUGCAUGAUAGCAAAUUUUAAGGUUAUGUCUGCAAUGAAUUUCCGUCCAGUUGAAAGUGAAAAGGUUCUAAAUUUCUUGCACACGACAAAAAUUCAAGAGAUAAAAGAUGUCAUUAGCAUAGCAAGUUACAUAGGACAUAUUGAAGAAACACAGACAACCCACGGGAUUUCAAAGAUUCGAGAUAUUGUGCUUCAGAUUGAGGAUCAAAAAAUUAGUAUUAGACUAUGGGGUAAUAAGGUUGGUCAAAUUGAUGAAGAUUCUUUGGGGCGUGUGGUCAUAGUAACAUCAACUACUGUUAGAAAACUGAAAGAGUACUCGCUGUCAUCUACAGGUGCGACCAGAGUUUAUAUCGAUUUGGAUAUCCCUGAAACAAAUGAGCUUCAAACGAGAUAUGGUGGAACUGGAAAGACAUUUCUGUGGAAAGCAAUCACGACAAAAUUAAGAUCUGAAGGAAAAAUAGUUAUAGCAGUUGCUUCAAGUGAUAUAGCAGCACUUCUUUUACAGGGUGGAAGAACAGCUCAUUCAAGAUUUCACAUUCCGCUCAAGAUCACUAACGAGUCCACAUGCAACAUCAAGCAAGGAACAUUUCUUGCGGAGCUAAUAAAGAAAACGUCACUAAUAAUAUGGGAUGAACCACCUAUGACACACAAGCACUGUUUUGAGGCACUAGAUAAGAGUUUGGGAGACAUACUUCGAUUCACAUAUGAGGACGCAGAGCAUAGACCAUUUGGAGGAAUGACAGUAGUAUUGGGAGGUGACUUCAGGCAAAUCCUACCAGUUAUACCGAAGGGGAAAAGAGAACAUAUAAUUUCUGCAUCAAUAAAGAGUUCCUACCUAUGGAAGAACUUUGAGGAGUAUCGACUCAAAGAAAAUAUGCGUCUGAAUUCAUCCGAAGGUAGUCCAGAAGAGAAAGCAAAAACAGCUGAAUUCGCAAACUGGAAACUAAACAUAGGCGAUGGCACAACGUCAACAAUAGAUGAAGUGGAUUGGGUUAGCAUCCUAGAGGACCUUAUUUUACAUAAAGGGGAUGACCCGGAAGCAUCUAUUGUUAACACCACCUAUCCUGACUUACACAGAAAAUACACUGAUAGAACAUACCUAGAGGAAAGAGCGAUCUUGUGCCCAAGAAACGAGACUACUGACCAGAUUACUGCCUACAUCAUGAGUCAAAUCCGUGGAGAAGAGGUAACCUAUUUCAGUUCAGAUACAACAUGCAAGGCAAUGUCUACGGUGGAAGAUGAAGAUAUGUUGUACCCAACUGAGUUUCUGAAUAGUACAUUUUCUGGAAUACCAGACCAUGAACUGAGGCUGAAAGUAGGAUUACCAAUAAUGCUUAUGAGGAACAUCAAUCAAAGUGCAGGACUUUGCAAUGGACAAGACUAA